CCAGGCUUUGGAGAGGAGCCCCUGGUGAUAAAGACUGACAUUUUAGUUCGUUCCAUGGGACCUGUAAAUGAAAGAACAAUGGACUAUUCGAUGGACUGUUACUUCCGGCAACUCUGGGUCGACAAGCGCUUGGCGCUGAACGUGUCAAUGCCAAACAUCUCCCUGAACAUCAAGGUCAUGGAUAGGCUUUGGUACCCAGACACAGUCUUUCUGAAUGGCGGGAAAUCAUUCGUCCACAUGAUCCCGAUGCCAAACAAAUUCUUCCGGAUCAACAAGGAUGGAACCGUCUUUUACUCACAAAGACUGACAAUUACAGCUACAUGUCGGAUGCGACUGGAGAAGUAUCCCCUGGAUUCCCAAAACUGCCAUCUCUAUGUAGGAAGCUUCGCCUAUUCGAUCGAUGACGUCAUCUACGAGUGGAGGUUUGGGGCCCAGAAGUCUGUAGAGAUUGCUGCCGGCAUGACCUUAUCCCAGUUUGACCUUCUUCAGACGCCCUGCUUCAACCUCACGUCAACAAUCAGAGGAGCACCCCAUUCCGUAUUGGCGGUUCAUUUCUAUUUGAGGCGCCACAUGGGUUUUUUCGUUAUCAAUGUGUACGUGCCGUGCCUGCUGUUGGUUGUCCUCUCAUGGGUCUCCUUCUGGAUCAACCGCGAGGCCACUUCUGAUCGGAUCGCCUUGGGCACUAUGACUGUGUUAACUAUGACAUUUAUCGGAUUGGACAACCGUAACGACCUCCCUCGUGUCUCCUACUCUACGGCUCUCGACAUCUAUGUGGCAAUCUGCUUUGUGUUCGUCCUUGCCACUAUCAUCCAGUUCGCUGCUGUGCACUACUUCACCAAGUUUGGCUGUGGGGAGGGGCCGCAACUCGUCAAGUACAUCGCCAAGGAGGUUGAGCUUGAGGAGAUUCUCGAGGAUCAGAACGAAAUGACAAAUAUACAGAUGGAACAAUAGUGUUACUUUUAGUCAAUUUGUUCAGCAGGAAGACGCAAUGUCGACGAG